UGCGCGCGCAGCUGAUCUUAAUACACAGAUAUUUGUAAAUUUGGCAAUUUUUGUCUUUUAGAAAUUAAAUAAAUGACUAGAUGAUGCAAAUUGUAAUAAAUAACAAUGAAAAAUAGUGAAUGAUAAAAGAACAAUAACAAAAAGUGUCAUGCAAUGUCGGUGUCGGAUCCACUUAUCAAAGAUUUAAAAGGAUGGAUAAGGAAAUUAACAGAAGCUAAAACUGUGAUAAAAGACGAUAAUUCCGAUCUAAGAUUUUUCUGUGAAUGUUUAGAAAAAUGUCUACGAAAAGGAAUCUUACUUCGCAUGAAUUCUAUCCAAUUCUUCAAAAUAUUCGAAGUCUGGCAUUGGAUGAAAGAUAUAGCUGACAAACAUAUAAAAUUUUUAUACACAUUUACUUUAGCUGUUGAAAAUGUAUCACAAAAUCAAAAAGUUCAAACGUCCACUGGAAAACUUAGACUUCUCAUUCGUACAUGUUUGACCAAGAAAUGCCUUCAUACACCUGUAGAACUGUUGGUCAGAACACCGGGAAUGGCUCUAGAUUAUUACGAGCCUAACAGUAUUUUAGGCGAUGAAAUAUUAGGAGAGAUUUUUCUAUCUGCCCUGUUACAAAUUAGUAAAUUACAAUUUAAUCUAAAUCUUAGAAAUGCACGAUUUUUGGAUGAAUCCUGGCAACUCCCUGAAUGUCAUUUUAUGGAAUUAGUGCCUUGUAAAAGCCUAGGAGUCUCUGUUUGUUUCACAAACGGAAAGGCUUUAGUAGUCAAUGUCCAAGAAAAUUCGGUUGCAGCAGAAGAUGAUAAAGUAGAAAUUGGGGACGUUUUAGAUGAAAUAAAUCGAGAAGUUUUAACAUCAAAUAACCGAGGGAAUCUUGGAAGAAUAAUAAAAAAAUCAUCAGGUCUACCAGUAGACCUUUAUGUUAUAAAAGGCCGAUUUAAACAAAGUGGUGAUUUUUAUGGACCAAUUAUAUCGUUAAUAAAACAAUCUGGUAUUGAACGAGCUCAAAAAGUAUUGAAAUCACCCAAAAAUACAACUGACAAAGUAUUGGAAAAGUCUGAAGAGGUAAACAGGUCUGCUGAUACAGAUCCGAACAUUGGUUAUCAAGUGACAUAUUGCGGAUCAAUCUCCACUGGAACGGAAGGUGACGUAAAACAAAUUGAGCCUGCAAUUCGCAAACUUUUAAAGACUGAUGAUAUUAAAUCCAUUCACGUUCGAUUUGAGUGCUUGGAAAUAGGAGUUAAAGUUACUCAGAAAUCAAAUGAAGAGGUGUUAUUGAAUCAAAGUUAUAUGGAGAUAUCCUCUUGUGGUCGAACUGGAAAUUUUCCUGACUAUUAUGCUUUCAUUGCUGGGGAUAACAAUUGCAAUGUAGCAACGAAUUUCACUGCAUUUAUUUUUCACCAUCGAAAUGACUAUGAAACACAAACAAUACUGCAAAGUUUGGCCCAAGGAUUUCAUAGAACCCAUUAUGCUGUAUAAUAUAUCAUAUCAAAGGCCUAUGGUAAAUAUAUAUCAUUGUUGUCAUUAAAAUUAUAGAAAAUUGUUAUUAACUAUUUAUUGAAUAAUAAAUUAUGAAACGAUAUAAAUAAAA